UUAGGGAGUCGGGGCCGCGGCCUCGACGGACGGCCGAGGGGUGUCGGGUGCCUCUGCGGGGCUGAGCGUGCCGGGAGGAGGAGGGGCCCGGAAGCAGGCGGCAGCGGCGCCGACCGGGCGAGCCUGCGUCCUCCCGGUAGCGGGGGACGGGCGCUCGCCGGCUCCGCCGUGCGCGCUGCUCCGGGGGCCUCGGCGUGACCCGGGCGGUCCGCCAUCGGGUGCCCGGCGGAACCUUCCCGGAGCCGGGGGCGGGGCGGCGUGCGCGCUCCACCCGGGGCGUGCGGGGAGUCCUGCGACCGCGGUCGGCGCGCGCGUUGCGCCCUUCCGCGGGCCCGCCUUCACGGUGGCGGGAGCGGCGGCAGUGAGCCGCGAGCGUGUGCGCCUUCUGAGCAGCGUCCCGCCGAGCAGAGAGCCCGUCGUCGGCGCAGCUUUCGGGAGCCGCGCUGCCCCGCGGCCGCGUCGCCGGCCUGGGGCGAGUGUGCUGCGCGAGGCCGGGUCGCUGUCGCUUCCGCUGCUGCUCUGCGUCUGUGGCUGCGGACCCCGGGGACCUUGUUCGCAGGCCCGUGGUGACAGUGCAGGCGUGUGCUUUUCGCCGCGUCCCUGGAGCGCGUCCUCCUUCUGAGAAGGAGAGGGCCCUUCGUCCAAGAGGAACGGGCGAGGAGAAGUGCUUUUAAUGCAAGUUCGGUGUCGGGCAGAUACGUUUUAGCAGAGAGCAUGUGGGUAGUUAAGCAGCAGAAGAUCGAUUCCUUUGAAAGUACCCUUGCCCUGGUUCCCUCGGAAGGUCGUGGCGAGCAGGCCUCAGUUUGGAGACCCCGCGGUAGAGCACAGGUGCAGCCGUGUGCCCGAGGCCAGAGGACACUGUGACUUCGGGCAGGGGCCUUAUCACCUCCCUGAGGCUCAGCCUCUGCUGCUUUUCGUAGACUUGAAAACCGGGAGGGCCAGGAGUCCGAGCCCUUAUCGUGAGGGUGGUCUAAGGAGGGUUCGAAAGGCGCUGUGUAAAGGGGGCGCUAGGGAACCCACAGUGUUGGCCCUGUAACCUGGAGCUAGGGACGGUGGAGUUGCUUCUACCCCUAGACCCAGAGGAUAAGGACAGGGGGCAGUUACCAGAACCAGAGGAGAGCAGUGUAGACAGGGCCUCCUUGACUGGAGGGGUGACCUUCCGUCUAGGGAACAGAGGAGAACGGGGACAUCAGCAUCCCGCCUGCCUGCUCCUGCCAGUCUCUGCCAGAGGGCAGGGUAGCCAAGGGUAGUCACGCAGGGCAGGCUUUUGAAAUGGCUGGAUGGAAUGUGGGUCUAGAAAAGCAAACAGAAGACAUCCAACCUGCGGCACUGCCCCCUCAUAGGUUUGUAAGGAAUACACUUAAAAAUGUCUGUAGGAGGUUGUUAACCUAAAAAUAAAGAGCCAGAAUGCGAGGCUGAGAGGCGUUUAUUUCCAGAUCAAAGAAGUGCAGUUAGGGUAGAAACCCAAAUAGUGUCCUGAUUACAGGAGACGGCCUCAGGGUUUCCAUGGGAAAAGAAAGGAAGGUGAGGUGAGUUGUGUUAAGGAAGCGUUCACUGGUCCUGGACGAGGUCAGGCGGGGUUUGUACUUCACAGAUGGGCUUGAGCUUGGGCAUCAGGCAAAAGGCUAGACUUGUACCCCAUUGGCUGGUUAUCGAUCCGGUCAUCAACAAAGUCUGGUUUCAUCGGUCCUUACAAACAGGAUAUUCUUGUCUUUACUGACUUCUUGGAAUGUUUGGUCCAGUUUGGAAGAUAAAGGAAACAAGGUGUGCGAGGCAGUUCCUCUGAAAUGGCUGCUCUCUUUUAAUAUGGCUCCACUCAUGUCAUCUUUCACAAGGUUUAGAAGAGGUUCCUGGCAAAUAACAACACAGACCAGUAGAACUGAGCUUAACGACAAAGUAAUAUUGUCUAGAGUGGAGGGAGCCCUUGGCUGUGUAUUGAGCGCCUGUCCAGCAUUUUUAAAGCCCAGUCCUUUAAUCAUAAAGUCCGUCCAACUUCGGACCCUAGGCUCUCACCACUGUCUGGCCUUUUGUGCUCUGCUAAGCUGGGCCCGGUAAAUGGAUGCUCCUAGGAGGACUAUGAGUUCACUUUUCUGAGUUCCCGCUGCACCCUAUAGACCAGAGCUGUAAUAGAACUUUCUGUAAUGCUGAAAAUUUUCUAAUCUGUGCUGUGUAAUAUAGUGCCCACUGGCCACAUGUGGCUGUGAGCACUUGAAAGGUGGGUUAAGUGACUGAGAAACUGAAGUUUUACAUUUAAAGAAUGUUGAAUAAUGUAAGUUUAUGUUAUAUAAUUACAUGCUACAUUAUUUAAGAGCAAGUUAAACAAUAACCACAUGUGGCUGGUGGUUACCAUAUUGGACAGCACAGGUGGAGCAUUGGAAGGAGAAUAAAAACCAGAUAGGUGUGUGAAACACGGUUGAAUUUGUUUGCCGGGCAAGAGAGAUCUGCAUUGCUCAGGUGCGUGUUCAGGGGGUCUUUCCAAAGAAAUUGAAAGGGCAGAAAGAGGAAGUCCUCCACAUUAGGCAGAGUUCAGAGUUCAGAGUUCAGGUCUCUGGUUGGCUUUGCAGUUGAUCCCCUUCUCUGCACUUGAUCUCCUCCAGGUUGUGUGUCCCCACUGCCAACAAGCCCGGUUCCCAUCGCCAGAGGGUGGAUGGCAUCACUCUCCAGCGGGCUUGGCCUUGGGUGUGCUUCUAUGGAUUGAAGCACUUGGAGCUGUAUGGGCCCCUGCUUUGCGGCUCUGCUUUGGCUGCACCCCGUAGGUUUGGGAGCCAUGAUUCCUUCGAGGCUUUUCUCAGCAAGACUGAGGUUGUUGGAGGGCAUGGGGCGCUGGACUCCAUCCACGCAAGCGGUCCUUGGGCCUGGCUGGCUCCUUCCACAGCAUGCUUCUCCCCGGCUGCUCUCGGUCAGCUGUGCAGACGGUGCCAAGCAUCAGGAACCCCGCAGAAAGAAACUGCUCUCUGAGAAGCAACUGAAAAGGCAUUUUGUGGACCAUCGCCGAGUGCUUGUCCGAGGGGGACGCGGAGGUGACGGGGUGAGCUGCUUCCACAGUGAGCCCCGGAAGGAGUUUGGAGGCCCCGAUGGUGGCGACGGAGGCAACGGUGGCCACGUCAUCCUGAGAGUUGACCAGCAAGUCAAGUCGCUGGCAUCAGUCCUGUCGCGGUAUCAGGGUUUUGAUGGAGAAGACGGUGGCAGGAAAAACUGCUUUGGGCGAAACGGCGCUCUCCUCUACAUCCGGGUCCCCCUGGGCACUUUAGUGAAGGAGGGACACGAAGUUGUGGCGGACCUGUCGCACCCGGGUGAUGAGUACGUCGCCGCUCUUGGGGGAGCAGGAGGGAAGGGCAACCGCUUUUUCCUGGCCAACGAUAACCGCGCCCCUGUGACUUGUACCCCUGGACAGCCCGGUCAGGAGCGAGUCCUCUUCCUGGAGCUCAAGACAGUGGCCCACGCUGGGAUGGUGGGAUUCCCCAACGCAGGCAAGUCCUCGCUCCUCCGGGCCAUUUCAAACGCGAAACCCACCGUGGCUUCCUACCCAUUCACUACCUUAAACCCCCACGUUGGGAUUGUUCACUAUGAAGACCACCAACAAAUAGCAGUGGCCGACAUCCCGGGCCUCGUGCGGGGCGCGCACCGGAACCGGGGCCUGGGCUGCGCCUUCCUCAGGCACGUCGAGCGCUGCCGCUUCCUCCUGUUCGUGGUGGAUCUUUCGGUGCCAGAGCCCUGGACUCAGGUUGAGGACCUGAAAUAUGAGCUGGAGAAAUACGAAGAAGGCCUGUCUGCGAGGCCCCACGCCAUCGUCGCAAACAAGAUUGAUCUCCCUGAGGCGAGAGCCCGUCUGCCCGAGCUGCAGGCUCGCCUGGGCCAGAAGGCCAUCGCUCUGUCGGCGGCGACCGGGGAGAACCUGGAGGAGCUGCUGCUGCGCCUGAAGGACCUCCAUGAGGAGCACGUGGCCAACGAGCUGGCGCGCGGCCGGCAGCCGCUCAGGUGGUAGCGGUGCGCUGCUGCCCAGCAAAGACCUGACUCGGCGCCAAGAACGCAGCUUCCGCAGAGCUGGAGGUGUUCGUGCACCUGCCCUCCCCAGUCAUCCCGGGCCCCCCCUCUGAUGCGCCCCCUGCUCCUGGGGCCCCUUCAGUGGCGGACACUCGUGCCACCUGACAGUCUGCUCCCCAGUGCUUCCCACCCCCCGCAGCGGCAUGCUGUUGCUGAGAUGGGCUCGUUUGUGUGCAUGAGUGCCCCUAGUUAGCAGGGCCCACGCUGCUGGCUGGCGUUAUCAGAUGCUGCGGAGCGUGCUCAGAGGACACAUGGCAGCCGGCGCCCCAGGUGUGCUCUCGGGCUCCUGGGCACUAACCCACCCAUGUCUGCGGCUGUCGCAGAGGUAGGCUCCGAUCCAGAGCUGUCGCCACCCUGCAGAGCGGCUGUUCCUGUGGGGACGUGCUGUGCUGCGGGAGGGUGAGGGGACAGGAAGGCUUUGCAGGCACCGAGCCAUGGAAGGAUGCCGGUGCAAAGCUCCUCUGGGUGCGUUGCCGCCGUCAGGAAGGCGGUGAGGGCCGUGCCCCCUGUUCCAGACGCCGCGCCCUGCUCCCUCGGAGCCGAGGGCCGGGGGAGAGCCACGCCAUUCGCGUCACGGCUGAGUGCACCCAAUAUCCAACCCCAGGAUGCGCUGCCUGCCUCAGUCUGUGUGCAAGGGCGUUAGUAACUAUGGCGGCGGGGCCCAGGUAGCUGUCCCCCACAGGUGGCCCGAGUGUAGAGAGAAAAUGGCGGCGACAUCUCCCGGGCGGCGGGCUGGAUCUCCCCUCUCCUCCCGGUGGCAAUCUGAGAGCACACGGGCCCUGGGCCAGCCUCUUACCAUCCUGGCUGGCCCCUGGCAGUCAGUUCAGAGAGCCCUGUGGGACCGACUCCAGCACUCCUCAGGGGAUGGCAGCCAGAGGACUGCCGUGCUGGGGAAGCCACCUCUUCGCUGUCAUGUGGCUCAAGUCUUUGUGCUCAAGUGUUCCUUGGGAGCCGCACCCCCGCUCCUGGCAUCCAGUGGCUGCAGAUGGACCCCGUGAGGACAGCUCCACUGCUGCCAACUGGCUCAUCCAACAAAAUACUGUAGAACUUUGGUAUCCCGCAAAUAAAGGCUGAUGCCUCUGACACGUC